GUGGACAAGAUGGAGAGGUGUGUUCGAGGGUGUUGGUUAAGCUGCAGCGAACUCAGCUGCGGAUGUUGUGCAGUCGCCUGAGAAACGCUAACACCACAGAUGAAAAAAAGUCUACCCUACCUACGGAAGCGCCCUUGCUCAGUACUCGCAAAUCAGACUCCCUUGGACAUGCUGAGCCCUCCUUAGACAGCAGAACUCAGACGAGUUGCAGCUCCACACACAUUUCGUCGCUAAAGAAAGCGGAGAGCCAACACGUCAGACACAAUCUACUUUCCAAUAGGAUCUUGAUGAUGCUGGUUGUGACGAUCGUCGGCAUUAUUUUGUUCAUUCCUUACUCCAUCGUGUCGCUCUAUAAUGAUACAGUCAUGGUUAUCGCCGCCGAGAGUGAUCUCGAGCUGAACGUAAUGUGUAUGGCCCGCAUGUGCAUCGCCGUCAACAGCGUCUUAAACAUCAUCGUCUUCACCGUGUGCAGCUCCAACUUUAGGUCCGCGUGUGAACAUUUUUUUACGUCAAAAUACUGACUAAAUGUUGGCAAGUUGCCAGUAGUGAGUUGCGUGCGGCUGUUUUAUUGCUUUGAUAUGAAAAGAUUCCCAUUGUUUAUGAGACAUGUUCAUUUGACAUGGUUUUUCAAAACUUCGGAUUUGACCCCAGCGUAACCUGUCGAAACGGGAACUUUAGUACGCUGGCUUAAGGCUGACAGUAAUGAUAAAACUAUUAAAGGGAAGUGCUAUGGUGUA